UGUAAUUUACUCUGGAAUUCAUUUGGUAUAUUAUGGGCAUAUAAAAUGCUGGAGAUGAACGUGGUCAAACUAAAUCCACACACAAAGGAAGUUCGAAUCAGAUACUGUUGUUUCUGCUUCAUCAUCGAAUCAAGAAAAUGGCUGCGUUCAAUCUAAGCUGCUGCUAUCAUUAUCAUCACUUUCACUCUCCACCACCACCAAAUGUUGCCUCCGUUUCCAUCAUCUUCUCUCAUCGUAAUAAGAUCUCUCUCCUCCCAACCCCAUUAUCAUUUCAUCCGCAAAAGCUUCGAAACAAUCAGUUGGUUCUAGCAACAACAAUGGCUACUGAUGUGCAACAGGAUCUUCCACCGGUUCUUGAUUCUACUUCAGAACCACCUUCAAUUUUUGAUGGAACCACCAGGCUGUAUGUAUCUUACACUUGCCCGUAUGCUCAACGCGUGUGGAUUACCCGGAAUUGCAAGGGAUUACAGGAAAAGAUUAAGCUAGUUCCAAUUGAUCUAAAGAACAGGCCAGAUUGGUACAAGGAGAAAGUUUAUCCACCAAACAAGGUGCCAGCUUUAGAACACAACAAUGAAGUAAAGGGAGAGAGUCUUGAUCUGAUCAAGUACAUUGACACCAACUUCGAAGGACCAUCCCUUUAUCCUGAUGAUCCUAUCAAGAAAGAGUUUGGAGAAGAGUUGCUAUUAUACACUGAUACUUUCUAUAGAUGCGUUGUCACCUACUUCAAGGGAGGUGGCGCUGAUGAAGCUGCUGCUGCUUUUGAUCAUAUUGAGCAGGCUCUUUCCAAGUUUGAUGAUGGACCAUUCUUUCUAGGUCAAUUCAGCCUGAUAGAUAUAGCUUAUGCUCCGUUCAUGGAAAGAUUUCAGCCAUACUUGCUAGAAGUGAAGAAUUAUGAUAUUAAGGUGGGGAGGCCAAAACUUGCAGCAUGGAUUGAGGAAAUGAACAAAAAUGAGGAUUUCAACCAAACAAGACGCGAUCCAAAGGAACUUGUAGAGAGCUACAAAAAACGCUUUUUGUCUCCGCAAUAAGGUUAAGGUUUUGUGAUUCAGUAACGCCAUGGAAUGCAUGAAGUUCCUGCAGAUUGAUUGCACCAGAAACACCGGAUGUUCUAAUAUAAAGUGAAGAAUUAGUGUUCAAAUUGAAUAUUUGCAGAAAAUAGUGUGGCCAAAAUAACAUUUGAACAAAGGGAGGGGAUCUUGGUUGAUAAAUCUAAUUUCUAAUUGAAUAUUUGGUCGAUUAUAA